UGGUAGUAUGGAGAGCAUGUUUGGCCUGGAUGAGGAAGAUGCCGCUGCAGAUGAUAAUGGUGGCGAAGCCGCUGAUGAAAGAUUCGAAGACGCGCACGAUCAAGCAGUUACUCAUACACUCACAGAUAUCAUCGCGGCGUUUGACGAGUAUUGUCUGCCUCGUAAAAACAUCGCCAUGGAAGCUUUCAAGUUUAAUUCCAUCGCGCAGAAGGAAAAGCAGACGUUCGCUGAUUUCGAGACUGAGUUGCGAACGCAAGUUCAGUAUUGCGAGUUUAGUUGCGCCACCUGUCAGACGUCUUAUAGUGACCGUAUGCUACGUGAUAGGAUUAUUAUUGGAAUCCAAGAUAAGAAACUACAGCUAAAGCUUUUAGAUGGCAGAGACGACCCGCUAUCAAAGAUAAUGGAAACCUGCAAGAUUUUUGAAGCCGCUUCGGAGAACAAACAGCUAUUGGAUCGGAAGGGUAAUUUGUUGGAAGUUAAAAUGGUUUCGAAGGAGGAGAUUGAAACGGAAAUCAAAACCGUCGACGUAGUCACACGUAAUCGUUGCUACAACUGUGGAAGGCCAUUUAGUCAAAAUCACCGAAGAAACUGCCCGGCAUCGAUCGCAAAGUGCCAUGCGUGUGGAGAAAUUGGUCACUACAGCAAAUGUUGCCGCAAGAAGAAGCAGCCAAGAAGCAAUCAGCAGUCAUCGAAGUCAGUAGGGCCGAACGAGAAAACGGUGCAUUCGAUCAAUUGGAGUGAUGCUGAGUGAGUUCCAAUUCUGUGAGUGGUCGGUCUGAUGAAUCCCGGCCGUGGAGAAAAGGUUUUCGUAUUAACGGUGAGACGGUUCAUUUUAAGCUGGAUACAGGUUCUGACGUCAAUUGUAUUCCUGUUCAGAUUGUUAAAAAAUUGCACCUUCCUAUUGAUGAUUUCCGUGAUGCUUUGAUACUCGAUUAUAGUUCGAAUAAAAUAAAAAUACAUGGAAAG